UCUUUCUCCGUCGUCUCCUCGAACAUGAGAUUUAAACCUCUAACCCUAAUUCUAUCCCCAAGAUCGCCACAAAAGACUCGGCCGGAGCCUUCAUGGAAGACCCCGAAGGAGCCCUUAGCUUCGACUUCGAGGGCGGCCUCGACUCCGCCGCUCCCGCCGCUGCCGCCGCCCCCCUCGCGCCGGCAGAUCCCACCGCCGCAGCGGCGACCGCGGGAGCGGUCCCUCACUCUGGCGCAGCCGAUCCGAUCGCCGUAGCAGCUGGGAAUGUCCCUGGGCGGCGGAGCUUCAGGCAGACGGUGUGCCGUCACUGGCUCCGUGGCCUAUGUAUGAAGGGCGAUGCCUGCGGCUUCCUCCACCAGUACGACAAGGAGCGGAUGCCCGUCUGCCGCUUCUUCCGGCUCUACGGGGAGUGCCGCGAGCAGGACUGCGUUUAUAAGCACACCAACGAGGACAUCAAGGAGUGCAAUAUGUAUAAACUUGGUUUCUGCCCCAAUGGACCUGAUUGUCGGUAUCGACAUGCAAAGCUUCCUGGGCCUCCUCCCCCUGUAGAAGAGGUUCUCCAGAAGAUACAGCAUCUGGGUUCUUUUGGUUAUGGGUCUUCAAACAGAUUUUAUCACCACAGAAACACUAAUUAUAACCAACAACUGGAUAAGAAUCAGUUGUCAUCAGCUCCUGGGUUACAUAAUCAGAAUACAGCAGUUAAACCAGCUUCUUCAUUUGAACCAUCAGAUGUAAAACCAUCACAGUCCCUAGUAGUGCAGCAGUCUCAUCAGCAGCAGCAGCAACAACAACAACAAUAUCAGCAACAACAGCAACAGCAACAGCAACAGCAACAGCAACAACAACAGCAACAGCAACAGCAACCACCACCCCCACCAACAGAGAACCAGGUCCCUGGAAUUAUGAAUGUCUCAUCAAAUCAAUCAACCAGAACUGCAUCUCCACUCCCUCAGGGACAAUCUAGGUAUUUUAUUGUGAAAAGUUGCAAUCGGGAAAAUCUGGAAAUAUCUGUCCAGCAGGGUGUGUGGGCAACUCAAAGGAGUAAUGAGCCUAAACUUAAUGAAGCAUUUGAAUCUACAGAGAAUGUUAUUUUAAUAUUCUCGAUCAACAAAACUCGCCAUUUCCAGGGAUGUGCUAAGAUGACCUCUAGAAUUGGUGGCUUAGUUGGUGGAGGGAAUUGGAAAUAUUCUCAUGGAACUGCACAUUAUGGUCGAAAUUUUUCAGUCAAAUGGUUAAAGCUUUGUGAGUUGUCCUUCAAUAAAACUCAUCAUCUCAGGAAUCCAUAUAAUGACAACCUCCCAGUGAAGAUAAGUCGAGAUUGCCAAGAGUUGGAGCCUUUUAUUGGUGAGCAGUUGGCCUCACUGCUUUAUCUCGAGCCGGAUGGUGAACUAAUGGCAAUGCUGAUAGCUGCAGAGUCCAAACGUGAGGAGGAAAAGGCCAAGGGAGUUGGUGCAGACGAGGCUGCAGAUAAUCCGGAUAUUGUCCUGUUUGAGGACAAUGAGGAAGAGGAGGAAGAGGAAAGUGAGGAGGAGGAUGAGAGCAGCGGCCAAGCCACCCAAGGGAGAGGAAGGGGAAGAGGGAUGAUGUGGCAACCACACAUGCCACUGGUACGUGGAGUGAGGCCCGUGGUUGGUGUUCGAGGCUUCCCUCCAGUUAUGAUGGGAGCUGAUGGAUUUGGUUAUGCUGAUGGUUUCGCUGCACCAGAUCUUUUUGGUCCUCGGAUCUUUCCGCCAUUUGGUGGGCCAAGAUUUUCUGGUGAUUUUUCAGCAGGCCACAUGUCGGGCUUAGUCUUUCCUGGUAGGCCCCCACAGCCAGGGGCUGUCUACCCAAUGGGCAACCUUGGGAUGAUGAUGGGACCUGGUCGGGCUCCAUAUAUGGGUGGCAUGCCAAUGGCUGGGAUUGGCCGAUCCAAUCGUCCUGUAGGAGUACCACCCUUCCUACAUCCUCCACCUCCACUGAAUAAUCGGGCUGCCAAGAGGGAUCAUAGAAGACCAGUUAGUGAUAGAAAUGACAGAUAUGAGGCUGGAUCUGAUCAGGGCAACAGGGGCCAGGAGAUGGUGGGAAAUGUUGGUGGAGUGGAUGACGACACAGGGUAUUGGCAAGGUGAAAAGGCUCCCGAGGAUAGAUACGGUGCAGGAAGAAGCUUACAAAAUGAUGAGAGCGAGAGCGAGGAUGAGAUGGCACCAAGACGAUCGAGGCAUGGCAAUGGGAAGAGGAAGCAUCGUGUGUCCGAGGGGGAAGCUGCCUUGGACUAGUGAAUCAGACAUCAACUCGGUGUGAAGGAACAUGGACGUCACAGCUUCUUGCUCAGGACAUUUUUUGGAGAUGUACCCAGAUUGUUUCCUCUUUUUUUGCCCUCUCAACAAUGUUUGUAAUAUUUGUACUACAAAAAUGGAGUAUGUUGCUCAGAAAAGGUUGGAACUAAAUCUUUAUGUUGAGCAGUGAAAAGUUAUGUAUUUGAACGAUAGAAAUUAGUCAGAGGAUGGCGGGAAUGCAGGGUAACCGCUGCCAUCUAAACUUGUUUC